CUAUGCAAAAUAGAAAAACUUAUGAUGACUGGGUGAAAAAGUGGAUAACUCAAUCAAUUUCCGUCUUAAUAAUGAUAGAUAUAAUGACUCGCACAUCUAUUGCAAAUGCAUAUCCCAUUUUUGCACAGCAAGCUUAUGAGAAUCCUCGAGAAGCAACUGGGCGUAUUGUAUGUGCAAAUUGUCAUUUGGCUAAAAAACCUGUGGAGAUUGAAGUUCCACAGUCCGUGCUUCCUGAUACCGUUUUUGAAGCAGUUGUUAAAAUACCCUAUGAUAAGCAAAUAAAACAAGUUCUUGCUAAUGGCAAGAAAGGGACUUUAAAUGUAGGAGCUGUUCUUAUUUUACCCGAAGGUUUCGAAUUAGCUCCUCCGGAUCGUAUUUAUCCUGAGAUUAAGGAAAAAAUAGGUGAUCUUUAUUUUCAAAACUAUCGUCCCAAUCAAAAAAAUAUUCUAAUAAUAGGUCCUGUUCCUGGUCAAAAAUAUAGUGAAAUUGUAUUUCCUAUCCUUUCACCAAAUCCCGCUACUAAUAAAGCAGCUCACUUCCUGAAAUAUCCCAUAUAUGUAGGUGGUAAUAGAGGAAGAGGACAAAUUUAUCCCGAUGGGAGCAAAAGCAACAAUACAGUCUAUAACGCUUCAGCAACGGGUAAAGUAAGUAAAAUUGUGCGUAAAGAAAAGGGUGGAUAUCAAAUAACUAUUGAUAAUCCAUCAGACGGUCGACAAGUGGUUGACUUUGUACCUCCGGGACCGGAACUUCUUGUUUCAGAAGGCGAAUUCAUCAAGGCGGAUCAGUCGUUAACGAAUAACCCUAAUGUGGGUGGAUUUGGUCAGGAAAAUGCAGAAAUAGUACUUCAAGAUCCUUUACGUGUUCAAGGUCUUUUAUUAUUCUUAGCAUCUGUCGUUUUAGCACAGAUAUUUCUGGUUCUUAAGAAGAAACAAUUUGAGAAAGUUCAAUUGGUCGAAAUGAAUUUUUAGGCGCAUAAAAGUGAAUCUCCAUCUUAUGGAUGAUUCAUGCAAUUAUGUAAAUAAAAAUUGCAAUAAUAAAGUCAUACUUUUUCGGAGCCCUUCAUUUGCCCCUUCCCUCUGUUCGAAUAUAUUGAUUGAUUGUGAAGAAUGAGGAGAUAUAAAUAUGUGCAUCUUUAAUAAUGAGUGAUUCAGGAACAAACUUGUUAAACAGUGAGUUCCCUAGUUAUGCGCGACAUUCAAUAUUAUAUAUAUGUUAUCUUUUUUCACCUUGAUUUAUCAUAUUCAAAAUCAAUAAAUCAAAGCAUAAAUAGAAGGAAGGAGAGAAUUUGGUAAUCUUGGCUUACUAUUUUCGCUGAUUUUAUAACUUAUCCUACUCCUUGAAAAAGUAAAAAGUAAAAAUAUAUAUAUAUAUAUAUAUUUACUUUUUACCAUUAUCUCGCCAAAGUCAGAGGAGCUUAUUCGUUUUCUAAUUUAAUUUUUCCUUUUUGGACUGAAAUGAUAAAACUUUAGUUCUGCGAAAAAUUCGGAUUUGUUUUUUGCUGAGUUCCCGAUUCUCCCCCAGUAAUAUUCUAUUACCGGCAAUAAUACCGAUUCUUCUUCCUUCCUAAGGAAGACCUGCAGUAAUGCCGAUUGCUCUCCACCGUUCCAUAAGAACGAUUGUAUCCUCCUAAGUCAAAUUAAAUAAACUGUCUACUCGUAAUUCGAGUACAUAAAUAAAAAGAUGUAGUUUUUUUUUAUUUCUACUAAAUCAACCAGCCAUAGCUGUGUAACCCUAUUCCUAAUAAAUCAACCCCUAAGUAACAGGUCCAAACUAGAAUAAAUCCUAGAGAAGCAACAAUUGCCGGUUUUUCCCCUUUCCAACCCCUGUUUAUUCUAGUAUGUAGAUAAAUUGCAAAUAUAAUCCAAGUUAUUAGCGCCCAAGUCUCUUUUGGAUCCCAGCUCCAAUAAGAUCCCCAUGCUUCGUUGGCCCAUACUGCCCCGGAAAGUAUACCUAUAGUUAAAAGAGAAAA